GGGGCGUUGUCGAGAUGGUUCCGCGGCCGCCGGGGCCCGGCGAGCGGCGCUGAGGGAGUCGGCGGCGUUGGCCGGUGAAGAGGCGGGAGCCGGGCGGGACGCGGCCUCUGAGGGAUUGGGGGUACAGGAGCACCUGGCUCUGGGGGGCCUCAGAACGACUGCUGACGAAAACCAAAUGCAGAGAAACGAGAGGCAGUGACACAAGAAAGGUAUUUCAGGGAGGCCACCACGGGCAGGACAGUCUCCAAAGUGCCCGAAGUGCCUCCAGUUCAUAUAAGGAGAACGUGGGACAGACAUUGGUGGAUGCGUGCAGGUGCCCGCGGCGGAGCAUGGACCCGCUCGCUGCCCACAGCCGCCACCUCCUCCAGCAGCUGCACGAGCAGCGCAUCCAGGGCCUGCUUUGCGACUGCAUGUUGGUGGUGAAAGGGGUCUGCUUCAAGGCGCACAAGAACGUUCUGGCGGCGUUCAGUCAGUACUUCAGGAGCCUCUUUCAGAAUUCUUCAGGCCAAAAAAGUGAUGUUUUUCACCUGGAUAUUAAAAACGUAAGCGGCAUUGGGCAAAUCCUGGACUUCAUGUACACAUCCCACCUGGAUCUUAACCAGGACAACGUGCAGGUGGUGCUGGACAUAGCCCAGUGUUUGCAGGUUCAAAACGUCCUGAAUCUGUGUCACUCGUUCUUAAAAUCGACCGCAGUGGACCAGCCCCCGGGCAUGGCCUGCACCAGUACUUUCUCCCUGCAGAGCACUCUGGCCGCCGACACCAGCUGUGUCGUAAACGACACCUACCCUCCUCCUUUGCUGCCAGAGUGUCCCGCGGACGUCCAGCAGGGUAGAGCUUUGGAGGAGUCCCAAUCGCCUGCUCCUCCGGCGGUCAGUCUUCAUCACCCUGCGGGCGAAGCGUCCAAACAGGCGCCCGACCCACUAGAGGGCGGCUGUCCGGAGCUGCCUUCCAGACAGGGUUACUACUACAAACUCAGAAACUUCUACAGUAAGCAGUACUAUAAACACACUGCGUGUCCCGGUCACGGCCAUGGUCACGAGAGGGCGAGCGAGCCACCUUGCCCGUUCAGCGCGUCCCCGGACCUCAAUGCCGGGGAGCCUCAGGCCUGUGCCGCCACUCACUCCCAGUGUGACUCCCGGUGUGUCCUGGAGUCCCACCUGGCCCCGCCCCUGAGCGAGGUGACCCCAGGCCCUGAGUCCCACGGCCCAUGCCCGCCGCCUGCCAAACAGAUGAGGCUCAAAAAGGCGAUUCACCUGAAGAAGCUGAACUUCCUCAAGUCCCAGAGGUUGGCAGAGCCGGAGUCUGAAGCCACUCCAGGUGACGGUGUGACAGAGAGGCUGGACGCUGCCCGCGCAGACACUCUGCAGGCAGCCAGCAGCCGCGGUGCUGAAGGAAGAGGCGAUGAGGAGCUCAUCGGUGCCGAGCACUUGGACUGCGUGAACGACGCGGAGCGGCCCGAAGAACCCGCGGCCCUGGAGGGCCCGGCCCCGGCGCUCCAGUCCCAGAGGCAGUACGCGUGCGAGCUGUGCGGGAAGCCCUUCAAACACCCCAGCAACCUGGAGCUGCACAGGCGGUCUCACACAGGUGAGAAACCUUUUGAAUGUAACAUUUGUGGGAAACAUUUCUCUCAGGCGGGUAACUUGCAGACUCACUUACGUCGGCACUCGGGUGAGAAACCAUACAUCUGCGAGAUCUGCGGAAAGAGGUUUGCAGCCUCUGGGGACGUCCAGCGCCACAUCGUCAUUCACUCGGGAGAGAAGCCACACUUGUGUGACAUCUGUGGGCGAGGGUUUAGUAACUUCAGCAACCUGAAGGAGCACAAGAAGACACACACGGCGGACAAAGUCUUCACCUGCGACGACUGCGGCAAGUCCUUCAACAUGCGCCGGAAGCUGGUGAAGCACCGGGUGCGGCACACGGGGGAGCGGCCGUACGGCUGCCCCGCCUGCGGGAAGUGUUUCGGGGGCUCGGGUGACCUCCGCAGGCACGUGCGCACACACACGGGGGAGAAGCCGUACGCGUGCGAGGUGUGCAGCAAGUGCUUCACGCGCUCUGCCGUGCUGCGGCGCCACAGGCGGACGCACUGCAGGCCCGAGGCGCACCGGGACGCGCUGGGUGAGCUCACGCAGGCCCUCAGCGCCGCCGACCUCGACAGGCCGCAGAGCUCCGACUCCUUCUCUCGGGACGUGCCUGUCACCUUGAUGCCCGUGUCAGUCAAGCUCCCCGUCCACCCGGCGGAAGAGUCCGUGACGGAAUUCGACGGCCACACAGCCGGCUCCUGCAAGUUCCGGGCUGUGGUUGAGCCUCACGGACCCGGCGAGCAGGAGAAGCUGGGCCUGGGCCCUGGCAAGCUGGUCAGGCCCCCCCUGCAGCCGGCGCCACCUCAGACGUUCGCUUACCCUGACGCGGCCACCUCGGCCAGCCACCUGCCGGCCGACGGCCUGCCCCUGGGCCGCUCGUCCCUGGCCGCACUGGACAGCCACUGCGGCGACGCACUGGGCGGCCGCGCCGCCUCCACGCCGUGCAGGAGCUCCGAGGGCCAGCUCUUCUCCAGCAUGGCGCUCUGGGGGCUGGCCAUGAAGACGCUGCAGAACGAAACCGAGCUGGACCAGUGACGGCUGGCGGCAGGCGUCUCCUGAGCUCCCAGGCGGCUCCCGCGCUGCAGGGGGGGGAGCGCCCUGCCUCUACGGCGGCCCUUCCGAGUGCCCGGGACUCGUGGACCCUCCCGGGCUGCGGGUACUGGUCACUCAGGCCUCCGGGGCCAGAGCCAGGGAGGAAGGCCCGUUGGCCGCCCCGCCCAGCACACAGACGCGGGACUGGAGGGCUCAAGUCCCGGGAGCGGCCGCUGGGGACGGCAGCCCGCUGGCCUGAGCCUGCACGGCAGCGUGUGCGCCUUGGGUCCGCAGCUGUACACAGAGUCACGUUCAAGGGGAAAUAUGUAGAGAAAUACAAAUAUUUUUGCAUUUUUACAUGACGGAAAUUU